UGCGUGCGCUCACCUCUAGUAACGUAACCGAAAAAGAACCAAAUAUUACUUGCAAUAAUACAUAACAAAACAAUGCGUGUGGGCCAGCUGCUCCGCUUCCGGAGCACCAGCUUGCGCAGCUCCACCGCCAGGCAGGAGUACGUGCCGCAUCACAAGCCCGUCGUGGAGGACGACAUCAAACGGCUGGAGGACUUUCUCCUGUCCAAACCGAAUGUUUUGGUUCUCACGGGCGCUGGCAUCUCGACGGAAUCGGAUUGACUUCCAAAAGCUUGUACAUUAUUCAUUUAUUUAUAUAAUGCUAAUGCAAGUGACUUCUAGCUUAUACUUGGAUUCGCAUUAGUAUUUUAUUUAAAUCAACAUUUCUGGCUGUCUAAAAACUUGAAAUAAAUUCCAGGGAUUCCCGAUUACCGUUCCGAAGGCGUGGGCCUCUACGCCCGCUCCAACCACAAGCCCGUCCAGCACAUGGAGUUCGUCAAGUCGUCGGCGGUGCGCAAGCGGUACUGGGCCAGGAACUUUGUGGGCUGGCCCAAGUUUUCUGCCACACAGCCCAAUGCCACGCAUCACGCGCUGGCCAGAUUCGAGCGGGAGGAGCGGGUCCAGGCGGUGGUCACCCAGAACGUGGACCGGCUGCACACGAAGGCGGGCAGCCGAAAUGUUGUGGAGGUUCAUGGCAGUGGCUAUGUGGUCAAGUGCCUGUCAUGCGAGUACCGGAUCGAUCGUCACGAGUUCCAGAGCAUACUGGCGUCGCUAAAUCCGGCCUUCAAAGAUGCCCCCGACAUGAUCCGGCCCGAUGGCGAUGUAGAGAUACCGCUGGAGUACAUCGAGAACUUCCGGAUACCCGAGUGUACGCAGUGCGGCGGCGACUUGAAGCCGGAAAUUGUCUUCUUCGGAGAUUCUGUGCCUCGGCCACGAGUGGAUCAGAUUGCCGGCAUGGUGUACAAUAGCGAUGGCCUGCUUGUCCUCGGGUCCAGUCUCCUGGUCUUCUCCGGCUACCGCGUUGUCCUGCAGACCAAGGACCUCAAGCUACCGGUGGGCAUUGUUAAUAUUGGCGAAACGCGCGCCGAUCACCUGGCGGAUAUCAAGAUAUCCGCCAAGUGCGGCGAUGUCAUACCCAAACUGUUCGACUUUCGCAAUUCGAAAAGCGUCAGUUAAUACUCACAGUUGUUAUAUGUUGACCCCCACUAAAUUUGUAGUUAUGGAAAGCCAGGCUUUCUAUUUUAGCUAAAAAAUAAAUGUUAAUGAUUACUAUUUGC